CACAGCAGCACAUAGUAAUGUACUUGUUAUGCAGCUCGCGCAGCACAGUGAAGUGCAUAGUUUGGAAUGUCAACAUAAUAGUAGCGUAUGUAGGUAUUUAGUUGCAUCGCGUUUUCGUGUGAUUUUGUAACACCACUCGCCAUCAUCAUACCUAGUUAUGUGCACGUCGUAACUAUCCAAGCAGUUUUGUUGUUCCUUCAAGUGACAAAACGGGGAAAUUUGUCGAAACAUUGCUGCAGCGUCCCGUUUCGCCAUCGAUUACGGCUGUGAAUGAGGUGUAGCAGCAAUGCCGGGAAGUGGAUCCGAUUUGGAACCCAGUUCAUCGCAUAGUAGCAGCGGAUACUACCGUCGACACGUACCGAACGGUGUCGACGCUAAUGACGACGGUGAAGUGGCUUCGAUCGUUCCUGAUCGCACCGGGAAGCACGCCUUCUGCCGGCUGUGCUUGACCCACUCGGACAAGCUACGGCCACUGUUUCCACCCGACUCCGCUCCGGAUCCGAACCUGCUGGCGCAGAUCUCCAACUGUGUGGAAGUGCAGAUCACCCUGCCAGACGACAUCAAAUCGUUCAUCUGCCUCGAAUGCGUGCAGCAAAUCUACUCCUUCGCUAGUUUUAAGGAGCUGUGCAAAAGCAACGAUCAGUUACUCAAAAGUCAAACCAUCACCCGUGGUUCCGACGGUUUCGAGGGCAAAGACGGUGGUGGCGAUAACGACAGUGAUGAAGACGAUGACGACGAAGGCGGCGAACGAUCGGAGCUGGUCACACCGGAAGUCACCAUCUUCAAGAGAGAGCCAUCUGGUUCAUACAUACCGGAUCCAUCGCUGCUGGAAAAACUGUUAGAACAGGGCGUUGAGGUGGAAGCGAUUGGCCAAUCGAGUGGUAAUCUAUCCGAGUCGAAUCAAUACACCAACUCGGAAGAUCGGGAAGCAGAACGUAAGGCGAAGAAUGCAGCUCGAAUGCGCCGCUGGAGAUUGCGUCAGCGGCUGAAGCAAGAGCAGCAACUGGUGCAAGCUCAGGAUAAAAUGGAUGAAGGCACCGAGCAGCAUGUUUUUCCCCAACAGCAGACGGAUGAACAAGAAGAAGCUCUCCGGCUGAAGCAAGCACAAGAGCUGUUCGCUUUCUUCGCGCAGCAUCAACUGAGACAGGUAGAAGCAGAACUCCGGCGCUUGAAGGAGUCCGCAAAUAACCAGCAACAACAGCAGCAUGAGGUGGAAGGCCCUUCCAUCAAGAUAAAACCUACACAACUGCAGACAGAACCAGAUCAAAGCAUAAGUCGACAAAGUUCUCCUAACUCUGACAAGCAAAUGGCGUCACUGCGACGAUCACGAGCCGAGUACAUGCGAAAGUGGCGUGCCAAGCGGCAAUCGCAACAAAAUCACUCCGCAUCUUUUGGACUCGUCGGACGUCCACCCGUGACUAUUUCGCCAGCCCAGAGCGAAACCGAGAAACUGGUAGUGCAGCGGAACAACCGAGCGGAAUAUAUGCGUCGUUGGCGUCGAGAACGCUUGAAGCAAGAACUUAGCCCAGAGGAAUUUGACGAGUGGUGCAUCAAGAGUGAGCAACGGCGACGGUUCCGCGAAUGGCAGGUGGUACGGGAGAGUGCCUCAUCGACCGGUGAUGACACCAUGGACUACGGGGAGGUAGAGGCUGAGCAGAAGGUCUUUCCGUUUGAUCCAUCGCCGCUUCCCAGACUGGGUCAAAGUUGACCAUUGGCGAAUUCAGGUUCGUCGAAAUACUCUAUUCUAAACAGAAUAAUUGAAUCCUACGCACAAGUUCCCUCUCUGCUAACUUAACCUAAAGAAUAGGUUGUCGAUCGACAGAAACACAGUAUUCACAUAUUUUAACUGUACCUUAUUUGGGACUCUCAUCGUGUCGUUUUUUAGACAUUAUUUUGCUUAGUACUUAAAACGAGAGCAAUUUCAUGAAAAAAGUCCCAAUUUUAAUUGUCGAUUUUUGAUUUGGCUGAAAACGUUCACAGAUUCUUGUGCUAUUAGUAUUUUUUCUCAUUUGAAUCACGAUUAUUUUUUGUAGAAAUGGUAAAAAUGAUUACGAAUAUUUUCAAAGUCAAAACGGUUUGUUUGAUCGGUGUGACGAAAAAAUAUCAUAAAAUAAAUCUCAUAAAGCUCAUUUUCUUAAAGUCUUAUAAGUUUUAGCCAGCUCAAAAAUGGUCGAUCAAAAUGGUUGCCCUAUUUCUCGUGAAAUUGCUCAAGAGCAACACACUGAACAUACGUACGUUGAGAUUAUUUUAACGCACAAAUGCUACGUCGUCACUGUCUGCGCUGAUCUUGUUCCUUCCAUGCCAUCGUAUUUCUAACAAUAAUAAUAAUGAUAAAAAAAAAACGGAACUUGUUAUACAGUACUGGGGCACUCCCAUAGAUCGCGACGGCAUUCUUCGGUUCAUCGUUUUACGGCACAGAUCAUUUAAUAGUAAGUUGUUCAUCAUGCGAUGUUUAAUAAUUUGUAGGAAACCAGUAAGCCUUGAGGAAAAGUGCAAGAAAGUUAUGCUUAAUACUAAACAUAGAAGAAGAAAAAACACUGACGCAAACGUCGACUACUCAGAACUAAAUAUACUAUAUAUUACAACAUGAUUUAUACAUGAUAAGAUACUUGUAUAAGAAUACAUUUUUACCGACGGCUUAUUAUAUACCUCGUGAAAUACUAACAAUAAAGAAUAACAGUAAUUCUA